AGAGAGAGAGAGAGAGAGAGAGAGAUAGCUGCAGGCGGUAGGACCCAGUGGUCAUCUAGAAGCAGAGGGUGUAAGAGGCACAGAGGGAGACACAUAGACACAGAGGCUGGAGAAAGGAAGAGAAGGCAGGAGGAGGAUCACUCUAUGCUCAGGGAGGAAGAGACAUUCUGUGCAACCUGGGAGGAAGAGAAAGACAAGCAGCACAAGUAGGGGUGGCAGCUGGUCCUCUGCACCAAGGAUGAUUCAGGGCUGAAGACUGCACAGCUGAUCCUGCAAGGUGACAGCAGAAAGCAGCAGACCUUCCCAUCCCUCCAUGCAAUCAAUGGGCUGAAUCUGCAGCAGCAGCAACACUACAACCAGCAGCAGCAGCAGCAGCAGCCCUAUCCUUCCCCUCUUCCUCCUCCUCCUCCUCCCACCCUCUCCCCUCUCUCUGUCUGCUCUCUCCUCUCCUCCCCCCUCCUUCCUUCUUUCCUCUCUCCCUUCCCUCUCAUGCUCCCCUCGGUGAUGGUGAGGCUUCAGCUGGCUGCAAUCCACCACUAGGCCCUGUGGCUCUCCUCCUGCAGGCACAGCUCCUAUAUACCUCUUGCAUCCAUAUAUCUUACCUGUGCUGCUAUAGUUUUCAUUCAAAAUCUUGGUGAGAGUAUCAACUGAGUUACAUUGCCGUCAUUAUGAAUGAAGUAGCGAUUGUAAAAGAAGGUUGGCUUCACAAACGAGGUGAGUACAUAAAGACCUGGCGGCCCCGUUACUUUCUCCUCAAGACUGACGGUACUUUUAUUGGUUAUAAGGAACGCCCUCAAGAUGUCGAUCAAUUAGAAACCCCUUUGAACAAUUUCUCCGUAGCCAAAUGUCAACUGAUGAAGACAGAACGACCAAAACCAAACACAUUCAUCAUCCGAUGCCUGCAAUGGACCACAGUUAUAGAGAGGACGUUUCACGUGGAUUCUCCUGAGGAGAGGGAAGAAUGGAUAAAAGCCAUCCAGGCAGUAGCCGACAGCCUUAAGAAACAGGAGGAGGAGAUGAUGGAUUUUAGGUCUGGUUCCCCGAGUGAUAAUUCCGGUGCAGAGGAAAUGGAAGUCUCUCUUUCUAAACCAAAACACAAAGUAACAAUGAAUGAAUUUGAAUAUCUAAAGCUGCUGGGGAAAGGUACCUUUGGAAAAGUCAUUUUAGUCAAAGAAAAAGCAACAGGAAGAUAUUAUGCUAUGAAAAUAUUAAAAAAAGAAGUAAUUGUUGCAAAGGAUGAAGUAGCACAUACACUGACAGAAAACCGCGUCUUACAGAAUUCUAGGCAUCCUUUUCUAACUGCAUUAAAAUAUUCCUUUCAGACUCAUGAUCGCUUAUGUUUUGUUAUGGAAUAUGCAAAUGGAGGAGAGCUAUUCUUCCACCUAUCAAGAGAACGUAUAUUUUCCGAAGACCGAGCGCGGUUUUAUGGCGCAGAAAUAGUCUCUGCAUUAGAUUAUCUUCACUCGGAGAAAAAUGUAGUUUACAGAGAUUUAAAGUUGGAAAAUCUUAUGCUGGACAAAGAUGGACACAUAAAAAUUACAGAUUUUGGCCUGUGCAAAGAAGGUAUAAAAGAUGGGGCAACAAUGAAGACGUUUUGUGGUACCCCAGAAUACCUCGCUCCUGAAGUACUAGAAGAUAAUGACUAUGGCCGGGCAGUGGACUGGUGGGGUUUGGGUGUAGUCAUGUACGAAAUGAUGUGUGGUCGACUCCCAUUUUACAACCAAGACCACGAGAAACUCUUUGAACUCAUCCUUAUGGAGGAAAUUAGAUUCCCUCGCACUUUAUUACCUGAAGCAAAAUCACUGCUCUCGGGAUUACUGAAGAAAGACCCAAAACAAAGGUUAGGUGGCGGACCAGAUGACGCUAAGGAAAUCAUGCAACAUAAAUUUUUUGCUGGAAUUGUAUGGCAAGAUGUAUAUGAGAAAAAACUCGUUCCACCUUUUAAGCCACAGGUUACAUCAGAGACAGAUACUAGGUAUUUUGAUGAAGAAUUUACAGCGCAGAUGAUCACUAUAACCCCCCCUGACCAAGAUGAAAAUCUGGAAUUUGUCGAUAAUGAAAGAAGGCCGCACUUUCCCCAGUUUUCGUAUUCUGCAAGUGGAAACGCUUAGAUGUCUUGCUAAUUUUUUUUUUUUCUUUUUGUUUUCCUUCAUUACAACACACAGACUUCAUUUUUGGGCACUAAGUUCAUCAGACUUUGUACAGGACUUUCUAUAGCCUCUGAAUUACAAACUAUGUUUGUAUGACCACAAAAGAAGUUUGACGAAUGUCUGGGGAAAAAAAAAGUCUGUAUGUAAAACCAGUUCUCAUUUCACAUUUGCAAAGAAAAAACAAAAAAACAACAAAAAAAAACAACUAUCCAAUCCAUCCAUUAUUUUUUCUAUGUAUGUAUUAUUUUUGUAUACAUACAUUCAUAUACAUUAUGUUGGACAAUGCCACACAGCCGACGUUUUGAGAAUGCGCUCAAAAAGGAACAAAGGAUGAACUAGCAUAUCAUAAAUACGAAGAAAAGAAAAAAAAAUCGUGCAAAAAUAAAGUUACUCUUCUCACUUCCCUGGUCACACUGUACAUCAACAAUGGUUUAUUUAUUUCAUAGGUUUUUAAAUAUAAAAAAAAAGUGUGGGCAAUUGGAUGUAGUUAGGAAGUAAUAGAAGGUAUAGCUAAUAGUGCAAUAAUACAAAAAGUGAACGUGUUUCGAGUAAUUUUUUUUUUUAUUAAAAAAGAUCAUUUAAAACAAGAGACCAACAAUCGGACCAGCAUUAUAGCCUCAGUGAGGUCAAUCAUCAAACAAGAGUUCUUAUCUUGCUGUAGAAUGACAAUACAUAUCGGAUGAAUUGGUUUUAGUAAAGCUGAAUAUGUGAAAAAAAAUGUAACUUCUAUAGUUUUUAUUAUUAUAGCAUGCUUGAUUUAAAAAAACAAAAAAUGGAGGUUUUCUUCCAAACGGCUUCUAGAUCUAGCAGAUGUAAUUGUGAAUGACACACACUCUCUCUCUCUAGCCGGUAGGGCAAAAAAACAAAAACUAUAGUUUUAUGGUAUAAAAAAUAAACCUAAAACCUGAACCACUGGCACAGUGAUAUAAAUAGAUAUGUAAUACACAAGGUAAGGUAAUGCAGGAUCAAACAAAAAGGAAUAAAGAAAAUGGCCCUGAUUUAUCAAAAAUUUGUAAUAGUAUACCAGGCCUUGUUGCCUUGCGCAUUCUACUUGGGAUGCUAUGGGUGACCAGACGGUUUGAGAAUUUUUGCGAAAUAGGGUCUAUUUAUUUAUUUUUUUCUUUAUAGAAUAAUGCAAUUUUUAAUUUUCUUUGUCUUAGCUUUAUGAGGCAACACUACAUCUUGACCAAUGAAUAGUGGAAUGCACUUUUCUCGUACACGAAUUCUUUAGAUUGUUUAUAAUUUAAAAAAAAAAUUUUUUUUAAUGUCCAGAAAAAUGUAAAUGUUUAGAACAAGAACUUUUUAGCAUGGAUAUAUUUCAGCUCUUCAUAAAUUAAUUUUACAUCAUUUUAUUGGGAUGUUUAUUUUUAGCUUUUUUGUUUUGUUUCGGCACUAGUGUUUCACAACAAAUAUAGCACUUAUCUGGCUACCAUUUUCUGGGAGAAGCAUGGUGGCAUUUACAAAUUUUACUUUUCACCUAUGUUACAAAAAGUUUAAUGGCAUAAUACUUAUAGCACUCAUAAAGUUAACCCCCGUACCCAGCGAAUUAUGAAUUAUGUCAGCUAUACAAUGUUUUAGCCUAGGUAAAAUGGGUCCGAUUGCACAGACUUAAUGGUGCAAUAAGGCCCCGAAGUUAUGCCUCGUGUCCAUUACUUUUGAGAAACAGGGUUUCCUUUUUCUGACAGUAGAUGUAUGUGAUCCUUCUUAGUUUAUUUGAUUGACUAGGAGGAGUUACAGGGAGGAGGGGCAUAUUGCUGAGCUAUUUUCUGGCCCUUGGAUCAUUACGUUAAAGGUAAUUUUUUUGGGUGUAGUUGUGCCCACUAGCUCAGCAUUUUGGGGGAGUUUUACAGGGUCUUUUUAGUGCUUCACAGGGAUGUUUAUUUUAAUUUUUUUUUAAAGGGGCGAUAUUGUUAAAAUUUUCUUCCUUGCAGCUAGAAAGAUGAGAGCAAGUUAAAAUGUAAACUCAACUCUACUUGUUCCAAUGGCAUUUUUAGGAUUUGUUCAGUCACCCCAUCACUAAAAACCAUGGGACUUGAUCACAGAAAGUUUGGCCAGACUGACAGCCUUAGAUUUUUUCUAAAGGAGACCAUACACAAUAAAGGGAACCUGUCACACUGAAAAGGCAGCCCAGUCUGCAGGCAUUGUGUUAUAGAGCAGGAGGAGCCGAGAAGAUUGAUAUAUAGUUUUGUUAGAAAAGUUUCAGGAUAAUUUGUCGUUUACCAAUGUAAAUCUCAGCUGUCAGUCUCUAAGUAGGCAGAGAUCUGAGCAAUCUUUGUGUACAAAUGUAUUGUAGAGAGAGUUGUCAGUCACAGAUGCCCACACCCCUGAGGAGCUCUGAGUUGUCCCUCACUAUAGUAGUACUGAUGGCUUAAAUUGAUAUCAUUAGAAUAUUGUCGCUGGGCCACAGUCAGUUCUAGUGUGGACUGAUAGGUAAGUGUUAUUUCUUUGUUUUGUUUUUAAUUAUAUGUAGGGAGUAAUGGGGAGGGGGUAGUAAAGAACAAUAUUGACCUUUAUGGCACAUUUCUGCACGCUAUAUUGCCAGUGAGCCAAUGACCUUUCAAGUAAGAUAGGAAAUAUUAUGGUCCACGCAGAUACUGCUAUGAUUUGGUAAUGGCUUAACUGCUGUUUUUUAUUUUGCUUUUAUUCACAAAAUUUCCAAUUGCACAAUUUUGUAUGUUUUACCAUGCAUGUAUGUAUGUAUUACUGUAAUUGGCAUCCCUACCAUAUUGUAGCAUGGCAUUUAAAAACCAAAGCCCCCAAUUCCAAGGCCUGUAAGAAGAAUAAAGCAGCUCCAGGAUGCUGUCCUCAAAGUCAAAAACAAGUUAGGGUGGCCAUACACUUUCAGUAAUGUUCAGCCGACUCAUCUCUCCUGACCUCCCCAUACACAUGAAUGAUCAGCUCAGCUAAAUGGUCAUGUUUUCUUUAUGGUAAAUGGAGGGGUAAGCUGUAGCCAGACUGUUCUGGCCCCCUAAAGGUGAAUUCAGUGUUUUUUUGUGGUAUCUAAUCAUAGAAUUUAAAAGUCUAUGUACACAGAGUUUUUAGGAUUCAUGGCAAUUGUUUCAAAAUACAGUAUACUCUAGGUAUGACACUUUUCCUUAAGGCUAGGUUCACACUGUGGAAUUUCUGCCGGAGAUCAAGCAGACGGCACUAGGACCGCGCGGACUGCAUUUCCGUCCCCAUAGACGGCAAUGCAUUUCUGGGUGGAUCUUUUGGUAGAUCUGCUCAGAAAUGCAUUGACCUCUAUGGGGACGGCAAUGCAGUCCACAUGGUCCUAGUGCCGCCGGCUUGAUCUCUGGCAUAAAUUCUGCCCAGAGAUUCCACAGUGUGAACCCAGCCUACAGGGCAGUGUUUUCCAACCAAGGUUCCUCCAGUUAUUGCAAAACUACAACUUCUAGCAUGGCCAGACAGCCUUUGGUUUCACACACUAUAUUAGUGUAUUUUUUUGUAUUAUUCAUUCAGCCCCUAUGGCAGUGUUUCUCAACCAGGGUCAGAUUUGAAACAGUUGGGGGCACCCUUAUUUGGAUACACUUGCUAUAGGGUCUAAAAAACACAGGGGGAAAAAACAUGAUGCAAUAUAAGCCACCAAAAAUGAAUGAAUGAAAUAAAACAAUUGAGAUUAAUGGUGUUUAAAGACACUAUAAUAUAGUGUGUAUAGGAGUUUUCUGCUGGGGCAAUAACCUGAGCAGUCAUAUGCUUAGACUUUGUUCACACGUUUUAGACAUUGCUGUGCUGUCAUUGGAGUACACCACUCACUGGAUCAACUGCAUUGAAUUUCAUUGGGUUUGCCAGUUUUUGUCAUUCUAUUCUGUGUUUGGUUAUGAUCACACAUUUGGAAUGUCCACUCGGAAAAUCUCAGUGCGGAAUUUCCAGAGAGUGUGGGCGCUGGGGCACAAUAUGCCGGCACUAAGACCGCACGACUAUACAUUCUGUGCGGUGUCUGCAGAAAAAAUGUACACGUUCAUUCUUCCUGCGGAUACAAAUUCAGUGUUAGAUGUUUUGGACGUGUGAACAUGGCCUGUCUGGUAGAAUUUGCUUGGCAGAUGUGAACAAAGCCUUAGUUAUCAUAAAGACAAGUGAUCUGUGGCUCUCUACAAGAUUACAGUUUAGGUUGUAGUCACAUUUGACCCCUAAAGGCCCAUUUAGGGUAAUUGCCAUUGUAGCUUGACUGACUAUUUGAUAUUCCCAGCAAAUAUAUAUGCACUUUCUUUUAUUGACCAAUUCCCUCUAAAGGUCAGGAGUUCUGCAGGCCUGCUUUUCAACAUGUUCCAUGGGGGAGGUAACACUGUUUCUAAGGGGCUAGUAUCUCCUUCGUCUGCUGUAAUGACCACCAGAGGGAGAGUAUUUAUACAGAGAAAUUAUGACAAAAAUAUGUAGUAUAGAUGGGGUUUAUGGAUCUCCACCUAUAUAAGACCCCAGGUAGAUAAAAUGUUGUAGGGGUUUGAGAAAACCUGUUAAACCGCAGCCCAGUGUUGCUACACAAACAGCAUCACUGUAUGCUGCAAUACCGGACUCAGCCUGUGGACAUGAGUGGCACUGUUUAUUGGGUCUAAAGUAUUUCAGGUUUUCUUUCUAAAACUAGAGAAACUCUCGUAUUGCUGUGUAUCCCUUACUCCCCUCUUUAAAAAAAAUAUCUAAUUGUGUAUGUGAAGGCUGCUGCUGUAAGGCGUCAGAGCACAUUAAAAAAGAAUUGUACCAAAAUAUGAAGAUUGACCAAUGUACUAAGAUUGAGGCGAACAUCUUUUUUAUUAAUAGUAUUCCAAGUGUAAUGUUCCCCCAUUUUGUAUUGUUACUUUUUAUUAUUUUUAUAGAAAAAUAAGAAAAAAAAAAUUUCUUAACCUGUCUUUUGCACAUGAAUGUACCUGGUUAUAGAUUUGCUUUAUCGUAGUUUUAUUUUUUAUUGUUUUGACAUUUUUACUGUAUGAUCAUGUAAUGCAGUUGGCUUUUUUGCAUAGGGGUAAGUGUUAUUUAACAGGGGGGGGGGAGGGGAAGAAAAGUAAAGUUCCCCAAUAAAAUAUAAAGUAAGCAACUUUAGUUUGCAAAAGCCCUGUCAUUACUUAUGUUUUCAGCAGUAGCGUUUUUACUUCUGAUGCAGUUUUCCCUCUUAAUGCAUAAAAUAAACAAAAACUCUGCUUUACCCGAAGUCUCUGGUCUCUCUAAAAUGGUCAUGUUGGUCCGCAGCA